AUGACAACAUCCUCAAACCGUGAUCACUUCUUUCAGACCUCCGCAUCUCUGGAUGACCAGGAGCGGAAGGAUGCCAAGUCUCAAAACACCAAUGGAAAUCCUAUACGCCUUCAGGGCAAGAUCCUGGCUGUUCGAGCAGACCCUCUCAAUGAUGGAGCCAUAUAUGUCGCGCAAAGCAAUGGCAGCGUGAGAAGAAUCAUCCUUGCUACUGGAGAGACUGCCAAGAUCUUUGCAGGCCCAAUGGCACCAGUGACUAGUCUCUGUGUCAGCCCCGACGGAAAGCUGCUGUUUGCCGGAUGCUGGGACAAGGCUAUCUGGAGCUGGGAUACUGCUACUGGCCAGCAACGCCAGAAGUAUGAAGGCCAUAACGACUUUGUUCGAACAAUCACUAGUGGAAGGUUGCGUGGAGAAGAUCUACUUAUCUCUGGUGGAGCCGAUGCUCAGGUUCUAGUGUUCAAUAUCAGUUCGGGGCAGCGACUGGAGACAUUCAAGGGUCAUGCCCGGGGCAUCCAAGACCUUGCUCUGGACCCUGAGUCCGAAGGCUCGCAACCGAUUGUGUUCAGUGCGGGUAGUGACCGCGAGAUUCGUCGAUUUGAUGUCUUCGGUGGCGGUUGUACUACCGAUCCUCUUCUUCCUCAUGACACUAGUGUUUACAAGCUUGUUUUCGACAAUGAUGGCGAUCUAUGGACUGCUUCGGCCGAUAAGACCACCAAAUGUCUCGUCAGAGAAGAUGCAUGGAAGGCUAACCUAACACUGGAUCACCCUGACUUCGUGAAAGAUGUUGUCGUCCACGAGACCGGCGGAUGGGUCGUGACGGCAUGUCGCGACGAAGAAGUUCGAGUCUGGAACCGAUCGACCGGUGCAUUGCAUCAUACCUUCUCUGGUCAUUUCGAAGAGGUCACUGGUCUUGUCCUCGUGGGCUCAACGGUUGUCAGCGUGGGAAUUGAUGCAACUAUCCGCCAAUGGUCCCUUCGCCCCGAUGAACUGCAACAGGCAGUAGACCUCGCAAAGAAGUCUGCUGAAGAAGAGGAGGAAAAAGAAGCCCCCAAUGCUGAAUCCUUGCUGACAGCAGAGGAAGAGGCAGAGUUGGCAGAGCUAAUGGGAGAUGAUUAG